AUGAAGUCUAGUCUCCCGGUCACCAUCCAGUUCCGGCAGGAUUCCAUUCUCAACGAGGGGAAGCUCAAAGAGACCCUCUCCGCGAUCUUUGGAUCAACCUACUGGACCUUGAGCGAAGGUCCUGACACCUUCUAUGUCGAAGCGGCCCACGAAACGAGUGUUUGCGUAGUGUCGGCGCUCGAAGCAGCUGGAGCAAUCAAGAGGGGCAGCGUGGAUGAGCCGUCGGCCGUCAGAGACGAGGCCAGAACAAAGUCGAAGCAGACUAACACGGACGUGGAGGAGAAGCCUGCCACAAAGGCAAAGAAGAAGAAGAGGGCUGAUGUCAAGUCGAGGGAAAAGUCUGUAAGAAAGCCGUACGAUGUGGCUAACGAAAAGAGCAUGGAAGAGCCUGUAAGAGCGAUUUGUAACGUAACCAAGCCACGAAGGCCGGAUGAAGGAGAUGGAAUGGGAAUGACGAUGCCUCCUAACUAG